UAGUGUCUUGUUUCCAUUUUCUUCAACGAAAUAUUUUAAUUUAUUUUCUACCAUAAUAUUCGACGACAAAUAUAUGUAGCCUCUUAAGAAUAUACAUAUAUCACGAUUGCCACUUGGAAAUGUAAAAUUGCAAGGUUACCAAUGAAAAUAAGUUCGCUAAUCAUUUUGACUCUCGUCGUGUCUUCGUGUGCAUUUCCAUCCCAGAAGAGGCAAUCGGAAGGCGAAGACCAUCAAACUGGAGAACUGCAAGCACGGGAUAACAGAAUCAGACAAAAACCACGUGAUUGCAAAUCUAAGUGUGCGUCAAGUAUAGCGCAGAAAGCAGCAGCAGAAGCGAAAGCAGCUCAAGCUGCUCAAAACGCCGCGGGGGCUCAAGCAGCUCACAUGGUAAAGACUCAACUAGCAGAAAAAGCACUGCAAGCGGCAAAAGCAGCAGAAGCAGCACUUGCCGGAAAACAAGCUGUUGUAGAACAACUACAGCAGGAAGUUAAGGAAGCUGAGGCUGUAGUUGCAGAAAACACAGCUUCAGUACAUCAAAAUCAAGGUGCAUUGAACUUGGGUCAACAAGCGGCGCAACAGGCUGCUGCACAGCACAAGCUUUUGACGCAAGCAGCACAGCUUGCAGCUCAAUUAGAGAAGGCAGCAAAUGGACUUCUCGAGAAACUAAAGACUGGUGUGCAAGAAAAAUGUCAUAAUUUAGCUGAAUCCCGAGCAAGAUUAGCUCAUCUUCAACAUAAGCUACAAUGUGCUUGCGCUGAAUGCGCAGCAACAAAACAAGCUGCACAUAGCGCUUGUGAAGCUGCUAGGGCUGCUUGUGGUAAUGCAAGAAAAAAGAAACAUGUAAUCGCUAAGAGAAAUGAUCUGAUACCGAAAAUAUCUAAACAUGGACGAUGAUAAACUAAGAAUCACUGUACUGUACAAAAUAAAUGCUAAGGAGUGAUAAUUUGAAGUGAACAAAGCGAAUUCAUUUUCGAGGAUACAUUUCCGUUGUUAGUGGUAAUCCUUCAAUCAUGGUUGAUUCUAUGAAUUUGGUAAGGUUGAUAAAGAUGUGAUACAAGAUACUGAAAAUUGAGCACUAAUUUUUUGACGUGUGAAAAUCGGAAUAUUUUAUUAAAUUUUAGAAUAGUUCUGUAUACUCCAGUUUUG